UCACACGAAAGGAAAGAUGUCAGGGUGUAUCGAAGGCAAACCGCAUGAUCGGGAAAUACCAACGAUCACUCACUUCUCGUCAUUUGAUAAAGGGGAUAUGGGCGUCGAAACUCAAAAAGAAAGUGACAGCUUUCGCGUUGAUGAAAACGAUAAAAAUAUUCCGAAGACAAUACGGAGCAUAUUGGAAUUGUAUACGAAAGAUGUGAUAGUCGAGGCAAUAAUCACGAGUAUGAAAAUUGGAGAAAGCCGUGAAUAUUCAUUUUCAAUGAGAGGUUUAUUCCAUUGUCAAUGUUGUUUGAAUUCUUGGAGAAAAGGAAAUAAAGAUGCACCUUCUUGUUGUGUGGAGCAAGCUACACUGGCCCAAGAUCAUCUUGUACAUCUGGGCAACCAGGAAGCUCGACAUAUUAUCAAAUUACUUUCUGAUGAAUGCUUCACUGAUGAUUCCUCCGUCGCGGACGUUUUAAAUUCAAUCAAUGAACACGAAGAAGACGGGGAAUUUCGAAUUCUAUCGAGUAAAGCUCUAGAACCACCAGCGAACUAUUUCAGUCCCGUGUUGAUGACUUCACAAAGUGGCAAGACCAUCUCAGGAAGUUUCAAUUUUAUUCCAACAACAAGGGAACGAAAUUCGAUUCUAUUUUCACCCACAUUUCAUGGCGCAUACAGAGGAAAAAGAAAAUCAAAAAACGCACAAAUUAUUCCUAUUUACGAAGAGAAUACAUUUUCUUGCUCACGACAUUCCAAAAAGAAAUUGUUUUGUUUAGCUAGCGGUCAACCGAUUGAUUUUACUACGAUAUUUAGUACAGGACUGCUGGCGCUAUGUAAAAAUAGACAAUUCUUUUUUUCUGGGAGAAUGAGGCAAGACGUAUUUUUACCAGCAUCGUGUGUAACAGACACCGGAAUUAUAUACCAAUGGAAGAAAAAUCACACAGGAAUUGAAAAUGAAAAAUUUGAAAACGUCGGUGAAAUUUUUGUCAAAACCAAAAAGGCGUUUCCAGAGUUUGUACAUACAAACACGGGCCAAAAAUGCGAAUGGAAAUUUGUUUUGGAUCGUAAACUUGCCGAAUUACCUGCAAAGUUUCUUCAGUAUGAGGAAAUAGACGAAUCGUAUCGAAAACCUGGAAUUUUGACGGUCUAUAUUGGCGGGCAAAUAGAUGAAGAAGGGGCAUUACAGCCUAAAAACAAAUUCCGCAUCCUGUUAUCCAAAAAAGGUAAACUUCGAAUAUGGCCGAGAUCUGGUGGCUUUCAUAAAAUUGUUUAUGAAACAUUUUCGGACUUUGAAACGGAUUCUAGCAUUUAUUCGCAUGAAGAUUCGCAUGUAGCUGAUACUGACGAUGAAUUGAACAUCGAAGACUUGACAUUACAACCUUCUGGUACACCAGCUCCUGCAGUAGAUCCAACAGGCAGAUCAUCAAGGAAUAUUAACAAUGAAUCCCCAAGUUCAAAUUCUUUGCGAAAUAUGGAAUCAGACAGAAGUUUUGGACGCACCCCCAGCGUCGUAUCGUUUCGCGAAAUAGAUAGCGUCAGUGAAAGAGAACUCUUCCAGAAGAGAUCCAAGAAUCUUCUUCCCAGAAAUCAAGACGUUAUAAAUUACACAGUGAAAAACAGAACAGGAAAACCCACGACAAAACCGGGAUCACUCGCGGAUAGCGCUUCGGCGGCCAAAGGCCAAGGAGAAACCACUCAAAUUACUCCGAGACCAGUUACAAUGAGUCAAAGACGAGAAUCUACAGUAAUAUCAAACACAAAAUUUCAGAAUUACGACUCGAGUUCGUAUAGUACAGGACAACCAAACAAAGUAACAAGUUCACAGACUGGAGUUGGGAAUCGAACUAGCGCCAGAAAUUUUGAUCCUUCAAAGAAAAGAAGUACAAUGCUCGGAGAAGGUUCGAAAGCUACAACUCCUUCGACAUUCGCAAGACAAAGGGAAAUUCAGAAGAAAGUGAGGAAAGAAAAGGACGAAGUUAAAGCAAAAUACCAGGAUGCAGCUCAUCACAGUAUACGAUCUGGUACAGAACCGGACAAUUUAACUUUGGGAGUUACUAAGACGAGUGCAGCCGCUUUGACAGCGAUGGAACAAGCAGCUCUGGAACAACAAAAUACUGAGGCAAAAAUACCGGUAAUGAAAGCACACACGGGUGAAAUACAGGUGCCAAAACCGAGACGAAAAGCACGCAAAGGAGCUGCGUCAAAAAUGAAAGUUGAUGAUUUACUGACAAGCACUGAAGAUGAAAUACCACAGGCUGAUACAAAAGAGAAAAUAAUCGAUCCCUUGUUGGAGGACAUCCCAUCGGAAUUCAUCGACGAUUUUUUCUUGAGCGACGACGAAGAUUACAAUUUUUCCGACUUGUCCAGCUUGUCAGAUUCAGAAGAGGAAGGUGGAAGUAAAAGCAAGAAAAAUAAAAGCACAUUCUUCCCAUUUUUGGACGGAAUGACUGUUCUGAAUUUCACUGAAAGUUUUAGUUUUUCUUACUUCAUGAUGCCAGGAUACGUAAAAGAGAAAAACAGUAAGAUCAAAAAAGGAAUGCUCAAGCUACCUGUUAUUGAGGCAUCGAAAGUAAGAAAUGAUGAAAAGAAAUCCGAACGACGAAAGAGCAAAACCAAGACAGGUUUGAUGAAAAGAAUUGACAAAUUGAACAAAUUUGAAGGAGCAACCGACGCUCGUAUGAGGCAGUGACUGUCAAAAUCAAAAAACUCUAUUCAUUGAGAUAUUUAUAAUGCACUCGUUCAAUUUAUUUGCAGCGAAUGUAGUUCGCCAUGGUUUUUUGCUUUUGAUAUGUGUGUAUUUUGAAAUAAAAAGUUU